AUGCACCCAAUACAGACGAGGAUUUUGGCUCAAGCUCCACUUUCAUCAAGAACAUUCUUCAGGAGCAUUUGCUUCACUUGUCGAGGAGAACCUAUCCAAUAUCAGCAGCUGUUUGAAUACACAAACGGACGCUUUCUGGUCAACGAGACGAGCCAAAAAGCAAGGCGAUAUGCAAAUUUUGAUGUUGACGCCCUCUGCAGCCUAGCUUCUUUUUUGCCUUCUGUCUCUUCACCCAUCUCCAAGAUCGACAAAAUGGAGGGCGGCUUUAACAAGGUGAUGUUAAUGACAGCAGAGAACGGAAAAGAGAUCGUUGCGAAAAUGCCAUUCCCUCGGAUCGUAUUAAUGGACGCUGUACCUGUCUCCAACGUCAUUGCAUGGAGUUCGGACUCUUCGAGCCCCAUUGGGUCGGAGUAUAUCCUCAUGGAGAAAGCCGGCGGCAGACAGUUGAAGUUUGGGCUUAUUAGGAACCUGGCCAGGCUGGAAGGUCAGCUAGCAUUUUCGGAGUCUCCUGGCUACAAAAAAUUUGUAUAUGCGACAUUCCGCCCCUCAACCUUCAGGCGAAUCCAUCACAGGACGAAUGUCACGGACCUUGGUCUUGCAUUUGCCGGUCGUGGCCUUGCACACAUACAGAAUUCCACCCUCGUUCCUCGUGGGCCACAUUUCGGCUCCAAGGACGAACAUACUCGGAUUUUGGACGCUGCCAUGGGAACAAUACCGAAACUAGCAGAGCAUCCUAUUGUGAAACCCUUUUCUCGACCAACACUAUGGCACGGUGACCGUCAUUUGGGCAAUAUAUACAUUUGUGACCGAGAUCCAAUGAAUAUAAUGAGCAUUAUCGAUUGGCAAUUCCUCUCGGUCAUGCCCGCAUUUAUGCAAGCCCAGUGGCCAUCCUUCCUUGACCCACCUGAGAACUACGAAACCGGGAUUGUAAAACCAGAACUUCCUCCAAGCUUUCACGAAAUGGACCCAGAUGAACAGGCCUUUGCGGUGACGGAGAGGGAUCAAGCUCUACUUUCGAAAUGCUACCAAGAACCACCUUCCGUCCAUAAGCUUGAGGUUUCUCAGUACAUGGAUUGGCAUGGAUUGAAAUUGUAUACACAGGAGCUGUUGCAUUCCGAUGAUGAUGGCUGGGUACCGCCUCAGCUUGACUUUGACAAAGUCCAAGAAAGACAUGCUGAACUAUGCCAACUGUACCUUCAGGGACUAACAAGCGAGUUAUCGGAGGAAGAGGCAGAGACAAAUUGGGUUUACGUCGAUAAAGGUUGA